CUGUACAAAGCACGGCAAAUGCCAAUCAUGAAUCUUUCAGCUUUGUUUUACUUCCUUCAUGUUCUAUGGGCAGCCCCUCGGUUUGUCCUUUCGCGAGGAAUUGGUUCAUACAAUACUUCACGCUUUGAGGUACAUACCUUGCCGGGCGUUUCGGACCUGCCAUCUAGCUGGGCUGGUCGCCUUCCAGUUCCGGGGACAGAACCUGGAAAUGAGAUAUUCUUUUGGCUAUUCCAGUCAGAGCAGCCGUUAUACGAUGAUAAUUUGAUCAUCUGGUUCAAUGGCGGCCCCGGCUGCUCAUCCUUGAUAGGGUUGACGACCGGUAAUGGACCCAUCUCAUUCGAUGGCAAUUCAACUCAAUUCAUUCGCAAUCCGCACUCGUGGACGAAGCUGGGCAAUGUGCUGUAUGUUGAUCAGCCCGUCGGUACUGGCUUCUCUACGGCCAGCUUCCCUUACCCAGUUAAUAACAAUGGCCGGGUGACGACCGACUUUACACAGUGGCUGCGUAGCUUCUUUGAGUACUUCCCACAUCUGCAAUCAAAGCAGAUUCAUCUGAUGGGGGAGUCAUAUGCAGGCAUCUACAUACCUUACUUUGCAUCGGAGCUUCUCCAGGGCAACAAUUUCCUUCCUCUCAAUGUCCGCUCGAUAUCUCUUGGUGACGGGUCUUGGGGAAAUGGAGCAGCCAUGGCGACCGUUGGAAUGGGUAAAUAUCUCAGGUCACAGCUGGACCUCCUUCAAAUACCAGACAACAUUCUAUCUGUUUUCGACGAAGCAGACAAAACCUGCGGUUUCAACGACGUGCUAGCAAAAUCCGACAUCUAUCCCCCUCAAGCUAAAAUUCAUAUCCCCGGAAACCCAGAGUAUUUCAACCUCCGACGUCGAGACCUGGCAAAUGCCGCCAACGCUGCAUGUGACAUCUCACCCACAACCCCCGAACAAGUCCGCGCCUCAAUAUUCAAUUCAACCUGCUACGGCCCUUGCGCCGCCUUCUCUACAGCAAGUGACUACCUAACAGCCGUCUCCGCCAACCGCACAACCCGCGGCUGCUUCGACAUCUAUGACAUCUCCCAUGACUGCAGCACUGUUUCAGAGCUCCCAUUGAUGGCAGAAUACUUUAGCCGUGCGGACGUGCAGACCGCACUCCACGUAGAGAAUAGCGGACUCUACAGUGCCUGUAACUCCACAAUCUUGGGCACGCUACUUUCAGCGACCUCCCCCGUGCCACCGGAGUAUUUCAUCCUCCCAUCUUUGAUUACCAAGCACAACAUCUCGCUCCAUAUCUAUUCGGGAGAGUGGGAUAUGCUGAUCAACCACUUUGGCGCGGAACUGUCGUUGCAGAAUAUGACGUGGCGCGGUGCGCAGGGCUUCGCGCAGAAGCCGAAGAAGCCGUUCUUCGCUGAUAAUGCUGCACCGUCAGCGACCAAGCAGCUCCUCCUCAAGCAUACGCCAGUGGCCACUACGCUCUCAACCGCCACACCCACUGCUGGAGUUGCGGGGAUAUGGGCCAUGGAACGUGGUGUUUCAUAUCAUUUAUUCCGCGGGGCAGGUCACAGUGUCUUUGUGAAUAAGCCACGUGAGAUGUUUUCCUUCGUGAGAGAUGUGGUUGUUGCUGCGAGGGCUCACUGA